AUGGAGGCUGUCUCUCUGUGUAAGCAUGAUAACAAGGAGAACAUGAACAUCCUACCAUUCACUGCAAAACAAAUUGACCCAGUUCCAUCUAAUCUCCAAUCUUCCUCAAACAAUGUGAAGAAAAGGUUCAGGAGACCUCUUAGGGACAUAACCCAUCUCUUCAAGCCACCAUUCCCAUCAACUUCAGCUCCAUUCACAGACUUCCAGCUUUCUUCAGCAGUUUCAGGAAGAACUCUGGAUUGUCGAAAGCGAAAAGCAGCCAAUGACAAUGAUUCAAUGCAAGAGAGUCGAUCCAAGUUGUUGAGAAUGGGUUUUCUUUAG